UAGCAAAGCGGGUGCAUUUCGGCUUGCUCAAUUGUGUAGUUAUGUAGCCUGUCUUACCAGGCAAUUUUAAGCAGUUUCGUGACCGCGCCAGUCGACCAGCGGUCCCUGCCCAUAGCUCUAAGCAAAAAUAACUCUGUGGGGAUGCUGAUAACAGAUAACAUGCUAGGGAAACAAGAACCUCAAGCUGUGGGUCCGAUGGAUGGCCCAGAACCUUCACCGGAGGAGCUGCUCGCGCUGGUAGAACUGCUGCAGCAGCAAGGAAUGAACAUGGACCAGGUGCCCGCCGACUUAAAGACGAUGCUGCACAACGUCAAGCGGCAGAAGGCGCCGGCUACCAAGGGGCCAGCCACCCCAGAGGCACCAACUGAGGAGAUUACGCCAGACCCCGGGUUUGUAAUUAAGACAACCGAGACGAAGACCGGGGACAAGAUCUUCAUCAACGUCUGCUGGCACGACCGUGUGGCUGCGCCGGGCGGCUGGUCUAACGGUGUCAUGCCGGAUGAGGUGGCUGCAGCGCUGGAGAAGCUGCAGAGCGCGGGCGGUGAUGAGGGUGCAGCUCACAUGAGCCCAAGCGAGGUGGAGGCGCUGCGCUUUCCGCUGGCAUGCGGGGCGCCGCGUGUCGACACGGAUCGCAAAGGUUCACCAUGCACCGCCAUAGACGUCGUGUUCAACAGCGACGUGGUGCGGGCGGCGGCGUCCGCACGCAAGCUGAAGGCCAUGCUGAUCGAGGUGUCGCUGGGCUGGGUGGGCAACAAGCUGGGCGGCAAGCUGGACCCGCGCUACAAGCUGCCCAAGAUGCGGUACAAGGGCGAGGUGGUGGCCAGCCAGCGCAUCCGGGCAGACGACAAGCGCAAGAAGCUGGUGACGGAGCUUCGGGAGGUGGAUGAGGAGCCCUCCUUCGCGCUGCGGACAAAGAAGGCGCCCGCGCCGCCUCCCAUCACUGCGCAAAGCCCAGCAUCGGCUGCCUCUUCAACGGUGGCCGCCCCUGCGACAGCAAGCAGCGCGGACCAACAGUCAGUGGCCGCUGUAGGGCCUGCAUCCAAUCACGACCGGAGCUCGGGAGCGGCAGCUUCCCCCAGUGCGGCUCCAACAUACAAGGUGGAUUACGCGGGCCGGCCCGUGCAGUGGGUGCAGGUGACUGUGGACUUUCCCGCAUCCGGGCCGUCUUCGUCGGCAGCUGCUCAACAGCCGGGGUGCACGAGUGUGGAAGUGUGCGGGAGAAACGUGUACAUACGCGCCGGGCCGGGGGCGCCUGAGCUGCACGUGCCGCUGCAGUUCGCGGUGUCGGCCGAGGGCGCCACUGCGGCCUGGCAGGAGCAGCAGCAGCCAUCGACAGGCGGCGGCAAGGGGCCAGGGGGCCCGCUCGGGCAGCACUUGGUGGUGCGGCUGCCGUACAUGGGCUUGCAGGACUACCUGGCGGACGCAAGGGCGCAGGCGCCGCUGGCGUUUGGACAGCUGUCGUUUGCGAGCAAGGCGCUGCUGGAGCUGGAGCCGUGAGGGGGGAUAGCGUGUAGUGAUGGGCUGACGCUGAAAUGCUGGCGUUCUUAGUGUACGUGGGUUCUGAAGGCGGCUGAAUGCUGGCGGUGUGUCACGAGGCAGCGGGUUGCCGGCAGGGAGUUUUGUGUUGUGCGGAAGAUUGCAAGCAGUCUUGCCGGCUAUAUCAGUAGGUGCUGAGUCACAUGCGCGGCUGCCGCCAUUUGAGGCUUGAGAGCCGAAGACCAGACC